AUGGAUGUGAGGCCAUCUAUAGACGGGGAGAUGUGGAAUCUGAGAAGGCAGAGACUGGAAGCGUUAAACGGGACCAACCCGAGCGAGCGAGAGCAGGAACCUGCACAGUCCGACACCGAUCUGAGCAAGCGAGACCAGGAACCUGCACAAUCCGACACCGACCCGAGCAAGCGAGAGCAGGAUCCUGCACAAUUCGCCACCAACUCCAACAUGAGGCGAUUCGCCACCAUGUGGCGAAUCAUGAGGCGAUUCGCCACCAACCCCAACAUGAGGCGAUUCGCCACCAUGUGGCGAAUCAUGAGGCGAUUCGCCACCAACGCCAACAUGAGGCCAUUCGCCACCAUGUGGCGAAUCAUGAGGCGAUUCGCCACCAUGAGGCGAUUCGCCACCAACUCCAACAUGAGCGAGCAGGAUCCUGCACAAUCCGACACCGACUCCAACCCGAGAGAGCUAGAGCAGGAUCCUGCACAAUCCGACACCGACUCCAACCCGAGAGAGCUAGAGCAGGAUCCUGCACAAUCCGACAAGUUUAUGGAUCCUCUGCUAUACUUCGCAGCAAAGGAUGGAGACGUCGACAGGUUCAUCAAAGCCCUGGAGGAUUAUUGCGCCAAGGAAGGAGUGUCGUUGCGAAUCGUUCUCGGUCUAACCAGCCCCUCCGGGAAUACACUGCUUCACGCUGCGGCAGAGAGUGAUGAUAUUGUCAGAGCAAUCAUCGAUUUUGUCCCUGAGAAUUUGAUCUCCGCAGCGAACUCCAGGGCAGAGACACCUCUGAUCAUCGCGGCUAGAGCGGGGAAAACCAAUGCUGUGGAGCUUCUUCUUCCCCAGGGGAAUCCCAGAUACUCUCGCUGGAAAAAUAACUCCGCUCUGCACGAGGCCGUGAGGAAUCGGCAUUACGAGGUGAUCCGUCUGCUGGUGAGUGAAGAACCCGACAUGCUGUACCGGAAGAACAAACAAAGCAAGUCUCCAUGGUGCCUAGCAGUCGAAACAGGGGACGUGGAGGUUCUCAAGUGCUUAUUGGAAGCGGCAAAUGAGGGCGAAGACGAGAGGAGAUUAGAGGAGGCUCAAAGGGUAGACAAUAAUUUCGGCAUGUCGCCCGUUCAUCUCGCCAUUAUGCACCAGAAAAAGGAUAUGCUAACAGAGAUGUGGGAAAAGAAGCCGUGGCUAUUCAAAUUGAGAGAUGCGGAUCACCGCCUUCCACUCCAUUAUGCCGCGUACACGAAUUAUCUCGACGGAGUGAAAUUCAUGAUCGAGAAGUCCCCGGAGAGCGUCCUGAAGCGAAGGUGUCGAAAUGGCUAUCUUCCUAUCCAUGUCGCUUGCUUAAUGGAUCACGUCAGGAUCGUCGAGGAGCUGGUGCGGCAAUGGCCAGACCCCGCAGAGUUCAUAUCACGGAAAUGCGAGAACAUUCUUCACGUGUCCGCUAGGCACGGAUCCAUUUCAACUGUCAAAUACAUACUGAAAGAUCCCAAGUUCGGUCACCUCGUAAAUGCGAGAGAUUCUGGCAUGGAUACACCUCUGCAUCUGGCUGCAUUGCACUGGCAACCUUCGGUCUUGCUUCUUCUUGCACGAGACAGAAGAGUUGAUCAUAAGCUGGUAAAUAAGAAUAACAUGACGGCUCUCGAUGUAGUCGAGCAGGACAUGAAAGGAAUGGAUGCUCCACUUAGGAAGAGGUUAACACGGAUAAUCUUGGCAUCUGCUGGGACACCGAGAAGUGGAGAAUUAGCUAUCUGCGAUCCAACCGGGCAGAGCGAAGGGGAAGAACUGGAACCGUGGGAAUUGGAUAGACUCAAGGAGAAGGCGGACACUCGCAUGGUUGUGGCAGCGCUCGUGGCCGCUAUGACUUUCGCUUCUGGUUUUUCCGUCCCCGGAGGAUACAAUGGUUCUCACCCGGGAGCUGGAAUCGCCAUAUUGCUCCACAAAGCCAUGUACAAUGUCUUUGUGAUUUCCAACUCCGUCGCCAUGUACAGCUCCAUAAUCGCACUCGUGAUCCUCCUCUGGACACAGAUUAAUGAUCCUCACGCGCUGCGGAAUGCCCUUUUGAAAGCAAGGUUCCUGUUGCUGGUAGCUCUUGCCGCGAUGCCCCUGGCAUUCAUGGCGGGCGUCUACGUGACCGUAACCAAACUCGCUUGGCUCGGGAUUGUUGUCUUGGUCAUGGGAUCUGUCGCGCUCUUCAUCAUCUUGAGUUUCUAUGUUUUGCUGUACAUCCCCCUUGGGUACACCCAUCCUCUUGUUCGUCGCUUCACCGACUUGAUUAUUGUGGUGGGUAUUUCGAUGUCCGGCAGCGUGACGGCAGGGACAGGGAAUGGGAUUGCAAAACGUGAAGCUAUUAGCGGAAUAACCAAGCUAGCUGCCGGUCGCCCCCACCGCUGUCACUAA